UUUGCGCGUUGCGGACGUCUCGCUCUCACUCGCCGAUCGAUCUCCCUCUCUCUCUGUCUCUCUCUUCCCGUCGUCUCUCUCGGGAUAAAUAUAAAUAUAUAUAUUUAUAUAGUAAAUAUAGAUUUCGAUCCAGAGAAGCUUUAAGAUGUUCCGGCCGUGUCUGGUGCUGGGCCUGCUACUGGCUAUAGCUGGUGUUAAUGGUCAAGGCAAAGAGAAGGAGGAGUUCCAGUGCCCCUCACACAUAGCCAAUGGCAACUAUGCUGAUCCGGCCACCUGUCGUCGCUUUUACCAGUGCGUUGAUGGUUAUCCCUAUUUGAACCGCUGUCCCUCGGGACUGUUCUUCGAUGAUGUUCAGAAGUUCUGCACCUUCAAGGAUGAGGCCAAGUGCGGUCCUUUGCCAACAACGCCUGCCCCGGCCACAGAAGCACCUGCCGAUACCGCCCAAAGGUGUAACACGGAGAGCUGUGCUUUGCCCUAUUGCUUCUGCUCCAAGGACGGCACACAGAUACCCGGGGAACUGGAGGCCGAAAAGGUUCCCCAAAUCAUUAUGCUGACCUUCGAUGGGGCUGUCAACUUGAAUAACUACGAUCAUUACCAAAAGAUUUUCAAUGGCAAGCGAAAGAAUCCAAAUGGUUGCCUGAUUCGAGGAACUUUCUUCAUGUCGCACGAGUACAGCAACUACCAGCAGAUCCAACAUUUGGGCUACGCUGGACACGAAAUCGGAACGGAGAGCAUCUCGCAACAGCAGGGACUGCAGGACAAGGGCUACGAGGAGUGGGUGGGCGAGAUGAUUGGCAUGCGCGAGAUCCUGCGACACUUUGCCAAUGUGUCCGUCAACGAUGUGGUCGGCAUGCGAGCACCGUUCCUCAAGCCCGGCCGCAACACCCAAUACAAGGUUCUUGAAGACUUUGGUUAUAUCUACGAUAGUUCAAUCACCGUUCCCCCAGUGGCCGUGCCCGUGUGGCCUUAUACCCUCGACUAUAAAAUCUCGCACGAAUGCAAGAGCGGCACCUGCCCGUCGCGCACCUUCCCCGGCGUUUGGGAAGUGCCCUUGAACACCCACUAUGUGGAGGGCUAUGAGGGCGGACACUGUCCGUACUUGGAUCAGUGCGUGUUGCAUAAUCUGGAUGAGGAGGAAGUGCUACAGUGGCUGCAAGAGGAUUUCUCCCGUUACUACGAACAGAAUAAGGCGCCCUACAUGAUGCCCUUCCAUACCAAUUGGUUCCAGACCAAGCCGUUGGAGAAUGGUCUGCACAAGUUCCUGGACUGGGCCCUUGAAUUACCCGACGUCUAUAUCCUGACCGUCACCCAGAUGCUGCAGUACAUGACCGAUCCCAAGGAACUGCGCGACAUUAACCAGAUCGAGGCCUGGAAGUGUGACAAGAGCGUGGCCGUGGCACCAAAGCCGUGCAACAUUUGGCAAACAUGCGCCCUGCCCUUCAAGAUCCCCGAACAGAAUCUGACGGAUACGCGUUAUAUGGAGACAUGCCGGGAGUGCCCCAAUGUCUAUCCCUGGCUGGGUGAUGCAGGCGGCACAGGUAUUCCCGGAAAGGAUAACUACAUAUUUAAUGGCGCACCUGAACAAGAUUCUACAGAGCAGAGUUAAAUCCCUUUUUGUAUACCCUUUCUAAAUAUUUUUUUUAUUUCUGGCCUUGUCUCCCAUUUUUGUUUUGUUGAUUUUUCUUCUGUCCGUAAAUGUGCCAGUCAUGAUGCAAUAAUGAGCAAUUUUUCUAUGUCCAGUUUUCUCAUCCUAAUUUUCACCUUAUAGUUUUCCGCCCCCCCAAAUAGUUCUUAAGCGAAAUUGUGUCAAAUUGUUCUUAGUUUUUAAGCCACAAAGUGUAUGUAAAGAAAAAAAAAAAAAGAAAAGAAAAAUGAAUUUUUUUG